CAGCACACCGCGACCAUUUCUUUGACCUCCUGGCCGGCGAAGGGCGUUUCGACCGCCAACCCCAACUCUCCAUAAUUAUCCGACAGUGAAUACCUUGUAAUUCCUUCCUGCUCCAGCAUCAACAUCUAGGCUCCAGCAGUAUUCGAGCUUUCUCUACAUCCGCUCUUCCCAGUCCCUAUUCCACGGUCCGCAACCAUGGCGUACCACGGUCGGGGCGACGGCUAUGAAGGCCACCAGCUACAAGAUCUGCGCGGUGGGCACAACCAGGGCGACCAGCACGAUGCGCAAGCCCCCUUCCUCUCCGAAAAUCCUAUCCACUACGACAAUGACCGCUUGGGCGCCGAUACGCCUCCAGUUCGCCCUGUCUCGGCGUAUAGCUUGACCGAAUCCUAUGCUCCUGGUGCUGGCACCACGCGAGCUGGUGUCACUGUCAACCCUACCCCGCCACCUCACGGGGGUUAUGGCGGCGGCGGCGUCAGCGUCAGCGGUGGUGUCGAUCAGGGCUACAACUACGGGGGUGACUAUGCGACGGAUCCGGCGUACAGGAUGUCCGCCAUCGAUGAGGACGAGAGCUGGAUCCGUCGUCAGCAGCCCAACGCUGCUCCGGGCGGCGGCCUGAAGCGUUAUGCCACCAGAAAGGUCAAGCUCGUCCAGGGUUCCGUUUUGAGUCUUGACUAUCCCGUUCCUAGUGCUAUUAGGAACGCUGUUCAGCCCAAGUACCGCGAUGAGGAGGGCAACAACGAGGAGUUCUUCAAGAUGCGCUACACUGCCGCCACUUGCGAUCCCAACGACUUUACGCUCAAGAACGGUUACGAUUUGCGCCCUCGCAUGUACAACAGACAUACCGAGCUUCUCAUCGCCAUUACGUAUUACAACGAAGACAAGGUCCUGCUCUCCAGAACGCUGCACUCUGUCAUGACGAACAUCCGCGAUAUCGUAAACCUGAAGAAGUCCUCUUUCUGGAACCGCGGAGGACCGGCGUGGCAGAAGAUUGUCGUUUGCUUGGUUUUCGACGGUCUUGGAAACACAGACAAGGACGUUCUCGACGUUCUGGCCACCAUCGGUGUUUAUCAGGAUGGUGUUAUCAAGAAGGACGUUGACGGCAAGGAGACUGUUGCACACAUUUUCGAGUACACAACCCAGCUUUCCGUCACACCAAACCAGGCGCUCAUCCGGCCCGUGGAUGACGGCCCGCAGACACUGCCCCCCGUGCAGUUCAUUUUCUGCUUGAAGCAGAAGAACACCAAGAAGAUCAACUCGCAUCGUUGGCUGUUCAAUGCCUUUGGCCGUAUCCUCAACCCCGAGGUAUGCAUUCUGUUGGAUGCCGGUACCAAGCCUAGCCCCAAGUCGCUCUUGGCUCUUUGGGAGGGUUUCUACAACGACAAGGAUCUUGGCGGUGCUUGCGGUGAAAUUCACGCCAUGUUGGGCAAGGGCGGCAAGAAGCUGUUCAACCCCCUGGUCGCCGUCCAGAACUUCGAGUACAAGAUUUCCAACAUUCUCGACAAGCCGCUGGAAAGUGCUUUCGGUUACGUCUCUGUGUUGCCUGGUGCCUUCUCGGCCUAUCGUUUCAGAGCCAUCAUGGGCCGGCCGUUGGAGCAGUACUUCCACGGUGAUCACACCCUGUCCAAGCUUUUGGGCAAGAAGGGUAUUGAGGGUAUGAACAUUUUCAAGAAGAACAUGUUCUUGGCCGAAGAUCGUAUUCUCUGCUUCGAACUGGUCGCCAAGGCUGGCCAGAAAUGGCAUUUGAGCUACAUCAAGGCUGCCAAGGGUGAGACCGAUGUGCCCGAAGGUGCGCCCGAGUUCAUCUCUCAGCGUCGUCGCUGGCUCAACGGUUCGUUCGCCGCCAGUUUGUACUCGCUUAUGCAUUUCGGAAGAAUGUACAAGAGCGGUCAUAACAUCGUCCGCAUGUUCUUCUUCCACGUCCAGCUCAUCUACAAUAUCGCAAACGUCAUCUUCACAUGGUUCUCUCUCUCUUCCUACUGGCUCACCACAACUGUCAUCAUGGAUCUCGUCGGUACCCCGGUUACGGCUUCUAGCUCUUCGGCAGAACAUCACGGUUGGCCCUUCGGUGACACGGUAACGCCCUUCUUCAACGCGGUUCUCAAGUAUAUCUACCUGGCAUUCGUUAUUCUGCAGUUUAUCCUUGCAUUGGGUAAUCGGCCGAAGGGUUCCAAGUGGACAUACAUCACCUCGUUCAUCGUCUUCUCGCUCAUUCAGUCUUACAUCUUGGUUUUGUCCGGUUAUCUUGUUGCCCGCGCGUUCUCGGUACCGCUCGACGAACAACUACAGCUGGACAAUGCUAAGAACGCAAUGGCUUCGUUAUUCGGCGGUUCAGGAUCAGCAGGUGUCAUUUUGGUGGCCUUGGUAACCAUCUACGGUCUUUACUUCUUGGCCUCCUUCAUGUACCUCGACCCCUGGCACAUGUUCCACUCGUUCCCUUACUACAUGCUCCUCAUGUCGACCUACAUCAACAUCCUCAUGGUCUACGCCUUCAACAACUGGCACGACGUCUCGUGGGGUACCAAGGGUUCGGAUAAGAACGAGGCACUGCCGUCCGCCAACGUCAGCAAGGGCGAGAAGGACGAGGCCGUGGUGGAGGAGAUUGAGAAGCCGCAGGAGGAUAUCGACCAGCAGUUCGAGGCCACCGUCAGGCGCGCUCUUGCUCCGUACAAGGAAGACGAGACGCCGGAGCCUAAGGAUCUCGAGGACUCGUACAAGUCUUUCAGAACCAUGCUUGUCGUGACUUGGCUGUUUUCCAACUGCAUCCUCGCUGUUGUUAUCACCAGUGACAACUUUAACUCAUUUGGCAUCGGGCAAACUGCAUCCGCGAGAACUGCGUGGUUCUUCAAGUUCCUUCUGUUCGCUACUGGCGCGCUCUCUGUCGUCCGCUUUAUUGGCUUCUGUUGGUUCCUUGGCAGGACCGGUAUCAUGUGCUGCUUUGCCCGUCGCUAAGCUAAGCAAACCCAAAGCACGUGGUUGUUGUUGGAGCUUAUACAAUGUUUACAAAGCGCAAAACGGAAGGAGGAAGGGAGGAGGUUUGCUGCUUUUUGGCGGCGGCAAGGCGUCAUGGUAGGGUAGUAUCGUGAAACGGUCCCAAAAAGCCUACUUUUUAUUACAUGUGUAGUAUCAAAUGCUGGCUUCUCUUAUGCUGGUAUGAAAGGCUGUGUGGUGUUUCGCAUUGU